GAGGAGGAGGCGGAGCCACUAUUUUAUUCAUAAAAAAAAAAGUCUCUCUCUUUCUCUCUCUCUCUCUCUCUCUCCUCCUUCGUCUUCUUCCAUGUUUCUCUCCCUUCCACCUUAACUCCAUUUCCCAGCUCAUUCCCCUCACCACCAUGGCCAUGAAAGUUCCCUUAUUUCUCCUCCCUCUCCUCCUCAUCCUCCUACUGCUGUCCGAUGCCGCCGUCGUCCAUUCCAGUCGCCCCGUCUUCGAGUCCCAGCUUUCUGAUCCAAUCUCCGAUGGCGUCACCCCACAUGGCCCGCGGAACCCGCCCUUCCUGGAGCUCCUCAGGCCGGCUGCCUCUGGUUACUCGUCGUCGGAGUCCUGCGAGGAGACCUACGGUUUUAUGCCCUGCACCUCCACGUGGCUCGGGAACCUGUUCCUGAUCCUAGUCUACGGCUACCUGAUGUACUUGGCGGCUACGUUCCUGUCGGGCGGGAGCGAGCUCCUGCUGGAGAUUCUGGGGCCCGGGAUCGUCGGCGGCCUCUUCCUCCCCAUGCUCGGUGCCCUCCCCGACGCCAUGCUCAUCCUCGUAUCUGGACUCUCUGGAAGCACGGAGACCGCGCAGAGCCAGGUCUCUGUGGGUAUGGGUUUACUGGCAGGAUCAACUGUCAUGCUUAUAACUGUCAUAUGGGGAACUUGUGUUGUUGUAGGAAAAUGCGAUAUUGAGAAUUCAGUUGCAUUAGAUAAACAGGACACAAGAGGAUUGAACUUAACAGGUUCUGGAGUUAGUACUGAUAUUUGGACGAGUUAUGCUGCUGGGAUCAUGGUUAUAUCAGUCGUACCAUUUAUCAUUGUUCAAGUCCCUCAGAUCCUCGGUUCAACUUCGGGAAGGCACUUAGCUGUCUUGAUUGCACUUAUUGCCUCCCUCUUCUUGCUCGUUGCUUAUUGCCUCUAUCAGGUUUUUCAGCCUUGGAUUCAGAGGCGAAAACUUGCUUAUGUGGAGCACAAGCAUGUCAUAUUUGGAUUCUUAAGACAUAUAAGGAAGCGUGCUCUAGGAAAGCUUCUCACUGAUGAUGGUGAACUUGACAAGGAAAUGGUGGAAAAGCUUUUUAGGACAAUUGAUGAGAACGGUGAUGGAUACUUGAAUGCUGCAGAACUGAAAGCACUUGUCUUGGGGAUCCAUUUUGAAGAACUAGAUUUGGACGAAGAAGAUGCAUUAACUAAGAUAAUGAAAGAUUUCGAUACCUCUAAUGACUAUCAACUUGAUAGGCGUGAGUUUGUGGAAGGGAUCUCUAAAUGGCUCAACAGGGCAAAAAUGGCAGGAGCUGCCUCUGGUUUGAGGAAUUAUGGCACGAUGAAAUUUCUUGAUUUCGUACACCAUCAAACAAAAAGGGAGCAUCAGCAGCUGAGAAUGGACGACCAAAGCGAAGAGGAUGCUGAGGGAAUCGAGAAUCCCAAGCGGACAACCUUAAAAGCUGUUCUCUUGUUGACUCUUGGAACUGUUAUUGCUGCAAUUUUUGCUGAUCCUCUCGUAGACGCGGUCGAUAAUUUCUCUGAUGCCACAAGUAUCCCAACUUUCUUCAUCUCCUUUAUUGCCCUGCCUUUGGCCACAAACUCCAGUGAAGCUGUGUCAGCAAUCAUAUUCGCUACCCGCAAAAAGCAGAAAACUUCCUCUCUGACAUUUUCAGAGUUGUACGGGGCAGUGACGAUGAAUAACGUCCUCUGCUUAUCAGUUUUCUUGGCUAUUGUUUACAUUAGAGGACUGACAUGGGACUUCUCAGCCGAAGUUCUGAUCAUUUUGAUCAUCUGCAUCGUGAUGGGAACCUUCGGGAGCUUCCGAACUACUUUCCCUCUGUGGACAUCUCUCAUAGCCUUUGCACUGUAUCCAUUCUCCUUAGCUUUGGUCUAUGUUCUCGAUUAUGUACUUGGUUGGUCAUAGAUGCUGCUCGGAGGCUCUCUUCUAUAAGUUAUAUUCUUCUUCUUCCUUGCGGAUUUAAUAGAGAGCUCUUAGAUGCCGCGCACUCUUGGCCGGCGGGUAUACUGUUUUGCUCAUCCGAUCCGAUGGCCUAGGGGGGCAUUGGUUGGGACCUCAGUGACCUGCUCGAAUUUUGCGUUGAUUAGGAUAGAUCUGUUACGUCUGAUGAUUGACUUGACAUGUGGCCCUGUAGCUUAAGACAGAUCAGCUGAGGAGUUCCUUUAAUGUUUAACGCAUUAAUCAAUGUAAGAUUACUCUGUUUGGUGUCAAGUCAAUUGUGCCCUCAGAGUCUUCUGCUUGUGUUUCUUCAUGGCAAUUGAUGAUUCGAGUCCUGAGGAAGUUGGCCACUGUGCAAUUACUGGAUAUGGGCUGCAACAGAUCCCCUUUUGAUCUUGUUUGUUAUUUCUCGUUAUUGAUCUA